UUCCGUAUCUGUUGUUCUCACAAAUGAAAAUGCAAGGCAACUUCCACAAGGCUGCCAUGUUAAAUGUUUCAAAUAUCUGACCCUGGAAGAAAAACGGUUUGGUGUAUUUUCAGUUAUCUUCCACUCUCUCAUCUGGUCAUGAACUUGUACUACAUACACAGAAAGUGUUUCUCCUGAUAAAUUCAGCUACUCCCAAUGUUAAACAUGAACUUAGUUUUUCUACUCACAUACAAUUAAACAGUGUCUUAGUGUAAUACUUCCACCAAGUCACCAUAUUCUAUCUUGUAUACUUAGCAGUAAUCCUUAGGUCUCUUUCUGGAAACACCAAGAGGAGUUAUUGAAUGAGUAAGUCAUACUUCAUCCAAUAUAUGGGAACAAUGCUGCAUCUACCAACUUCUCUACUUUCCUGAACAUGUAUGGCAGGAGCACAUGCCUGCCACAAACUUUACCUUCCAAGAGCUGUGGGAGAUGGCUGAACUCUUCCACUCACAGCUAUCGAGAGAACAGGAUGAUUGUCCGUAGAAUUCACCAUAGCUGUGCUGACAGAGUAUGGGAAAUCUUAGUAAAAUGUAAAGUUUCGCUCUCUCUUCUUUUGCUUAAUUUGUUCCUGGCUCCUUCUGGCAGAGCUCAGGAUGGUUUCUUAGGACAAUACAGAGCUGUGUUUAAUACAUCAUGUAAUGAAGUUUGGACUUUGUCACCUGGAAUUUCGGUGCCUGCACUUAGAAACUUCACAGUCUGCAUUUAUCUUAAACUGUAUAGUCCCAGAAAUUCUUGGACUGCAUUUGUCUACAGUAAAGAAAUUGAUGGCAAUCUGUCAGCGACAGAACAGUACGAACUUGGACUUAAAGGAGGACACGACAAAUUGACAGUUUGGAUAUUUGGGGAAGAAAUAACCUGGACAGAAAAGCUGGAUGUGAAUACUUGGUACCAAGUAUGCAUAUGGUGGAAAAGUGUACAGCAAGAAGUGAGUGUAUAUAUAAAUGGCGAAGAAAAAAAAUCUGAAAAAAUAGCUAAAACUGGACAGCUUUUUGCGAAUGGGCAACUUUUACUUGGAUGCUCAGGGAAUCCUGACAAGUCCUCAUCUUUGGCAGAUGGGAUGAUUGGAGAGCUGUACAUGUUCAGAAUGUGGGCUAAUGGAGACAUAAAUCAAACUCAAAAUUGCCAUGACGGCACCAUUAUACGCUGGAGGAAGGAUAACUGGGUCUAUAAUAAGACAGCACGGUACAGCAGAUCUCUGCCUUGUGCCAAUGGUGCAAAUGCCUCAUCAAGAUUUGGAAAAGCUCAGACAAGCACAUCAGAUUCCUCUUCCCUUGAAACUCUGAGUACUAUAGCUACAGAGAGACUAACGAAUACACAAGAUAGCACAGUAUCAACGUCUACUGUAUCAACUUUUACAAAUGUGAUUGGAACAAAUGUUUUAGAUAAUGUAUGUAACUUAUCAGUGCUCUGUAGAGACUCAGUUUUCUACAUGGGCACUGUGAAAUUUAUGUCUGGUGAAAAUGGCUCAGAUACUUCAUAUAACCUGACAUUACAAUAUUCUAACAACACUGAUCAAUACCAAUUAAAAGUUGCUUCAGCUGCACUGCCAGAACUAAAAAUUUCAGAUUUCAACAAAACCCUUCAACACUUAAGUGAGUUCUCUCUCAUGCAAUGUGGCACAGUAAACCAAAGUACACAGGAGUGUAAUUUCACAAUCAAGUUGGAUAGACAAAUGAAUAUAAGCAACAUAUUGGCAGAUUUAAAAGAAAAAGCAGAAAUUAGCCCAAUUGAGUCAUGCUGUUGCUCAACUUUGCAGCCUUACUCUUGCCCCUCGUCUCUCGAAGAGCUGCAGCUACUGCAGUGUGGUAUGCAUGAACCAGUUGCCUGCAUUGGUCCACGUUCAACUAGCCCACCAACUGCAUCUGUUGCUCCUUCCCAUUCUGUAAAUCAGCAUGUUGUGCCUUCCUCUGAAUCAGCCACCCUCUUCCCUCUUCCCUUGACUGAGCCAACAAUGACAUCUCAGAAUACAACUACAAUUCUUCCGGACAUUGAACAAAAUACAACUGUGCUUCCAAGCACUAAUGAGUCUACCUAUACAACUCUUCCUUCAACUUCGUUCAAAGCAACUAAUCCAGUCUUCACAACAACAUCAUCUACUACAACAUCAUCUACUUCUACUCCGGCCGUGUUUCCCAACACAACUGUCACUGAACUACCUUUCACAGAAUCUUCUACCACAGCUACAAUCCCAGACAAACCAUCCACUUCAUCUGCCAUUAAUACUGCUACAGAUAAUCUUUUCCCUACGGAGGAGAUUGGAACACCAAGUAGCACCAGCACAGAACAAAUAUCUCAUAGUCAGCCCGUUUCCAUUAGUACUAAUGCCCCAGAUAUUGAGAACAUAAUUUCUCAGCUGGAGGGCAACUUGACUGCAGAAGCAAUAGCACCAGCCCUCGCAAAAUCCAUGCUGGACAGCGUCAGCAGUCUCUUGAGUGUGCCCCAGUCACAGAUAUCUCCGAUGUCUAAAAGAAUAAUAAAAAUAGUGGAUGCAAUUGGCUUAAAGGUGAACUUCUCUGCUGAGUCCAUUAAUUUGACUUCCCCUGCCUUAGCUCUGGCUGCCUUGAAAGUCAAUAGCAGCUCCUUUAGUACCGUUUCUUUUGCUAUUGAAAAUUCCUCAGACCUUCAGGUUUCUCUUGGAAGUCAAAUUCCUACACACAGCAUUGGUUCUAUUACACUUCCUUCAUCAAUAAUGACAAAUUUGUCAUCGGAAGAUAAGCGUCAGGCCUCUAGAAUUACAUUUAACUUUUUUAGAAAGACAACUCUCUUCCAGGAUCCCUCACUGGAAAAUUUGUCUUUGAUCAGCCAUAUUAUAUCAUCAAGUGUUGCAAACCUCACAAUUAGCAAUUUGAAGACAAAUGUUACUGUCACACUACAAAAUACCAAGCCUAGUCAGGAGAAUCUGACUGUUAGAUGUGCCUUCUGGGACUUCAGUAAAAACGGUGGUAAUGGAGGCUGGUCCUAUGAAGGCUGCGAAGUUAGAGAGAGAAGAACAAAUGAAACAGUCUGUAGCUGCAAUCACCUCACAAGCUUCGGAGUUUUACUGGAUUUAUCACGAAACACCACUAUACCUCCCAUCCAAGUGCUGAUACUAACCUUCAUCACUUACAUAGGCUGUGGCCUUUCAGCCAUUUUUCUUUCUGUUACCCUUGUUACAUAUCUUGCAUUUGAAAAACUCCGAAGAGAUUAUCCUUCUAAAAUUCUCAUUCAGCUCUGCAUUGCAUUACUUCUACUGAAUCUAGUUUUCCUCCUGAAUUCCUGGAUUGCUUUGUAUAAUAUUGAAGGAUUGUGCAUUUCAGUUGCUGUCUUUCUUCAUUAUUUCCUUCUGGUUUCUUUCACUUGGAUGGGCCUUGAAGCCUUCCACAUGUACCUUGCCCUUGUCAAAGUGUUCAAUACCUAUGUUAGGAAAUACAUCCUAAAAUUCUGCAUUAUUGGCUGGGGUGUACCAGCAGUCAUAGUAACCAUUGUAUUGGCAAUAUCACCACACAACUAUGGAUCUGGAUCAUAUGGAAAGUUUCCCAAUGGCUCAUCUGAUGAAUUCUGCUGGAUUAUCAAUGACAUUAUCUUUUACAUCACUGUUGUGGGAUACUUCUGCACAAUAUUCUUGUUGAACAUCAGCAUGUUUAUAGUAGUGCUAAUUCAGCUUUGCAGAAUCAAAAAGAAAAAACAGCUUGGUGCCCAGCGAAAAACCAGUAUUCAAGAUCUCAGGAGUGUUGCUGGCCUCACAUUUUUAUUGGGAAUUACUUGGGGAUUUGCCUUUUUUGCAUGGGGUCCAGUAAAUCUUAUAUUUAUGUAUCUUUUUGCCAUCUUUAACACAUUGCAAGGGUUUUUCAUUUUUAUCUUCUACUGUGUAGCAAAGGAGAAUGUUCGCAAGCAGUGGAGAAGAUAUAUGUGUUGUGGAAAAUAUAGGCUGGCUGAGAAUUCUGACUGGAGUAGGACUGCUACUAAUGGUUUAAAAAAGCAGAAUGUUAACCAAGGUGUAUCUAGUUCUUCCCAUUCCUUACAAUCAAACAGUAACUCUACAAAUUCCACCUCGCUGCUAAUGAAUAAUGAUUAUUCAGUGCAUGCAAAUGGAAAUGGUAAUAUCACCAGUGAGAAGAAUGGUGUUUCUUUCAAUGUACAAAAUGGUGAUGUCCGACUUCCCGACUUUUCAGCAAAACAACUCAUAUUUCAAGAGAAUAAUGAUAUGGGCCAGAAAAAAUCUUGCAUUUCACAGAGACGGACUUCAAAGAAGGGGAACCUACACUUUAUUGAACCAAUGUGACAUUUUCUGAAAAGUUCCUAUGGUUCCACAAAGUGACCUACAGACUUAUUAAAUGUUUUACAUCAUAUGAAAAGACCUAAAAAGGACCAUAUUUUAUAAUAGGAAAACUUUGGAGCAGUUUCAGUUGUCAAAUGGAUUGUCAAAGACUUUGCAUUUUCUCCCCUUUGAAAUGACAAUUAAGUACUGAGUACUGAGAAGGGUACUUAGCAGACAUAAUAUUAUGGCUGAAAAACAACCAGCUUAAUUUGUUUUGUUUUUAAGAUGGAGUUUAAAAUAUCUUUUUACAAGUUCAGCUUAUAGUUAGGAAUAACUCAAAGCAUACUGCAAUCAUGUUCUAUUGAUAUAGAUAACUGAUAGCUACACUUUGAAAAAUAUGCUUAAACUGUCUCUCAAAAUAAUAGGUGAUGCCUGUAUUUUCCUUUUCACUAGAUGAGGCUGCAGACAAAUAGUACCGAUAGGAGAUUUUGGAGGGCUUUUUUAUACAUGUCACCGUAAGUCAGAGACAACCUGAUAACACAUAACAACAAAGCAACAUC